AUUAGUUUAAUCCUUGAUUGGGUCAAGUACCUAAUGACACACUAAAAGAAGUAUUUUUUAAUGAUUUAAUAGAAAAAAAUUAAUAAAAAUAUGCUUUUUUCUUCGUUUAUCAUCAUUUUACUUUCCAUUGGUGGAAAAACAGUCGGAGGUAUGUCAGUUCAAGUAACAUUUAUUAUGCUCUAUUUUAAUGAUUUCAUACGUAAUAUUUUAGCUUUCACUGAUGUUACUUAUACUAUCAGAAAUGAUAGUAACAGUCAAAUAUCAAAACCUAAAUCUUCAACUGUAGCUCAAACAUCAGAUUUUAAAAUGAAAACUAGUUCGAGCCCAACUAUUACAUCAAAGCCUCCUUUGGAAACAACUGUUCAUCCGUCUGUAUCCUCUAAAGAUCCAACACCGUCCAGCACCCAUGUUAUAAUAUUAACUAGCCAAUCGAAAAUAUCUACAGGCUCACAGAUUAUUUCGAAUAAAUCUGAUUCUAGUAGUCCUGUUGUUUCAACUGUAUUUACAACAGUUCCUUCGAGAUUUACUACGACAGAGAAAUUGAUAGACGGUGGUAAACUGACAACCAAUAACACUAUAAGACCAGAAUUGAAUAUGACAACAAAUUCAACUUCUAGUGAAACCAAUAGCCCUUUGGAAUCCUCGAGUACUGAUCAAUAUAAUAAAUCAAGUAACAACAUCGAAAUGACAAAUAACCCAAAGGAUGUCAGAAAUGCAACAAAACAAGAAACAACAAGUACAAUUAAACAUUUUACAAGUUCAACAAACUCUGUGGAAACCAGCUCAAAUUCUUCAUCAACGAUAAUAACGACGUUGGAAAGUAGCACAAAGAAGUCGAUAACCUUGUCUAAGGUCGAGACUGUUACUGACCUACUACCGAGUGAAGAACCUGUUAAACAGACAAAUCUUCAAAAGCAAACAACCGAUAGAAUAACUUCCGCAACGAUAGAAAAAAAUACCACUUCAAUAUCUGCAGAAACAACAACAGAAAGACAACAUCUAAGAAUAGAUAAACAAACUUUUUGUAAGGAUUUGGAUUGUGGAGACGGUGGAAAAUGCGUACUUAAGUCUAAUAAAGCAGUUUGCAAGUGUGAUUGGGGCAGAAAAGGCAUUUUAUGCGAAGUAAAUUUAAGACCUUUGAUAACAUGCGUUAUCGUUUUGGCAAGUAUUUUUGCACUUGUCCUUAUAUUACUUCUUAUUAAAGUAAUAAGGCAAAGAAGAUUUGCUAAAUGGCGAAUAUCUAGAUUUAGAUCUGCCAAAAGAGAUGUUUAUACAACUAUGCCUGGUUCGCAUAGGUUGGUUAACGCUCCAAGUAGAUCUAGUAAGAGGAGAUCAGACGCUGGGUAUCUCAAUCUAGAUGAAUAUUGA